UUGUCUCGACGUCUCCCCUCGAGCUGCCAGCUCAAGACUGGAUAGGCUAGGCUUGCUGGCGGAAACACCACAACAAAGCUCCGCGGGCCGCCCCUAGUAAAGGCUGAAGCUUCCACUUCCAGCUGCUCGUAGAGUUUGAACACAUCCAUCGCAGAAGGCCCACUUGCUUGACACUACAGCGGCCACGUGAAAAGGUAGGGGCGGAGAGCAGGGUCGCCGCGAUGGCUUAUAGCCAGGUGUCGAUGACUAGCUUUGCCUGCCCCGGAGCACAAUUUCUUGGCGUCCACUCAGUUGGCUCCUCUGUGUCUCACAUGCACAGCAUUGCUCAACCCGCAACUCUCUGCCUUCUCAAAGCUCACCAGCGAUGGGCUCGUAAUAACCCUUGUGACCAGCUUACAGGACGAACGGUGCCACUGAGUGCCAAUGAGGGGCUCGAGCGCCGUGCCGGGGCGCUGCGCUUGGCUCUGGCAAGAAGCAGUAGAAUCCCAAGCUCAAACUGCCAAUCAGAGAAGAAGCGGCCGCCAAGUGCGAUGCUGGCGACGGAGCAGAAAGAGAGCGGUGAGGAACGCCGUACGGAGAAUGUGGGGGCUGCUCGCGAGGCAGAGGAGGAGCGCCGGCUGAGGUCAUCGGAGGGCGGGGCAAUAGCGGGGAUACCUCGACAUGAAUGGGUCAGCAUUCAAAAGCCGACGCGGUACCUGGGCAACGAGUUCGGUGCGGUGCACAAGGAGUGGGCGAGCGCGCGUGUGCGCUUCUCGCUGACCUACCCGGAGGAGUACGAGAUUGGGGCGUCCAACAUGGGCCACGUCAUGCUGUACACGCUGCUCAAUGAUCAGCCGCACAUGCUCUGCGACCGCAGCUACAUGCCAGGGACCGAUCUUGCACUCCUCCUCAAGAAGUACCAGCUUCCCCUCUUUGCUGUGGAGUCAAAGCGCUCCCUGGCCGACUUCGACGCACUCGGGUUCAGCCUGGCGUACGAGCUGGGGGCGACGAACAUCCUCGAGAUGUUGGCGCUAUCGGGGAUCCCCAUCAGUUGGAAAGAGCGCCAGGCCAGCGCCGACGGCAAGUGGGACGUCGAGGGCGGCAGCUGGCCGCUCAUCUUUGCGGGCGGCCCCACUGCCACGUCCAACCCGGAGCCCUUCGCCGACUUCUUCGACUUCUUCGCUCUGGGCGACGGCGAAGAGUGCCUCCCGGAGAUUGGCCGGUGCCUGGACACAUGUAAGGCGGAGGGUCUCUCCCGCGACGCCACGCUCUUCCGGCUCUGCACCACGGUGCGAGGGGUGUACGUGCCGCAGUUCUACGAACGGCUCGAGGGCUUCGGCGGCGCUGUCUUUCCCAUCCGAGAGGGCGUUCCCGAGCGGAUACUGCGACGAGUGGCGGCUCCAAAUCCGUUCGUGCAGAUCGGGCUGGUGCCGUAUGUAGAAACGAUUCACGACCGGCUGACGGUCGAAAUCAGGAGGGGGUGCACCCGGGGCUGCCGGUUCUGCCAGCCCGGCAUGCUGACCCGCCCCGCCCGAGACGUCCCCCCCGAGGACGUCGUCCAGGCGGUGGAGGAGGGCAUGCGCCGCACCGGCUACAACGAGUUCUCGCUCCUCUCGCUCUCCUGCUCCGAUUACCUCGCGCUGCCCGCCGUCGGCCUCGAGAUCAAGAACCGGCUGAAGGACGACGCGGUGACGCUGGCGCUGCCGAGCCAGCGCGUGGACCGCUUCGACGACAACAUUGCCAACAUCGUGGGGGGAACACGCACCACGGGGCUCACCUUCGCGCCCGAGGGGGGGACGCAGCGCAUGCGUGACAUCAUCAACAAGGGCCUGACGAACGAGGAGCUGCUGCGGGGCGUCAAGACGGCGUGGGACCGCGGGUGGAAGCAGGUCAAGCUGUACUUCAUGAUCGGGCUGCCGGGCGAGACGGACGCUGACGUCAUCGGGAUCGCCGAGACGGUGCAGUGGCUGCAGUCCCAGUGCCGCGACCGCAACGGCACCGCAAUGUCGUUCAAGCUGACGGUGUCCAGCUUCACGCCCAAGCCGCACACGCCCUUCCAAUGGCACAGCCAGAGCACGGACGAGCUGCGGCGGAAGCAGGGCCUGCUGAAAGCCGCGCUGCGAGACACGCGCGGGAUCAGCGUCAACUACUCGACAAUAGAGCUGUCGGCCAUGGAGGACUUCAUCAGCAGAGGGGACAGGCGGAUUGGCGCGGUGAUCCGGCGCGCGUGGGAGCUGGGCGCUCGCAACGACGGGUGGUGGAUGGAGUACGAGAGCUGCUACAAAAAGUGGGGGCAGGCGAUCAAGGACGCGGGGAUGGACUGGAAGUAUCGCCAGGUAGAAGCGGGCGAAUGGAACGUGCUGGAGAAGCUGGGCGACGGGCAGUACCGGGGCCAGGGCGGGGGGGGAAAAGGCCGCCUGGACCGGGGCCCCCUGGCGGACCCGCGACUGGACAUGCCGCUGCCCUGGGACAUCGUCGAUACGGGCAUCACCAAGUGGUGGCUCAAGACCGACCUGCAGCGCGCGCUCGAGGCCGCCACGGUGCCCGACUGCUCGCACAGCGGCCUCUGUUCCGAGUGCGGUGUUUGCGGUGACGAGUUCGGUGAAAACGUCGUAGCGGAGGUGCCUCCCAUUCCCGCCUACGAGGGCCAUCAAAAGCCCAACUCCGACAGGAUACAGCGGCUGCGCGUGCGCUACGGCAAGCUGGGCACUAUGGUGUACGUGGGCCACCUGGACCUGCAGAAGCUGUUCGAGCGGGCCCUCCGCCGCGCCGCGGUCCCCGUCAGCUACGACUCCGGCUUCCACGCCCUGCCCCGCAUCGCCAUCGCCAAGGCGCUGCAGCUGGGGGCCAGCAGCACCGCUGAGAUCGUCGACAUCGAGCUCUACCGGACCACCUCCCCGGCAGAGUUCAGGGAAAAGCUGGAGGCUCAGUUGCCGGAGGGGCUGCCAAUUUACAACGUGGAGGUCAUACCCAUGAAGCGGGCGGACGGCAAGUUCUCGGACUCGAUCGGACAGCUGAUGCAAUCCAUCGAGCACUUCGUCGUCAUUCAAGAAGACAUCUCUCCGGACGAGGUCCCGGCUCACCGCGACGGCAGCAGCACGGCGGAGACGAGCGCGAGCGACGGCCAGUCAGAGGGCGCCACGUUGGCAGAGUACCGCGGCUGGGUGGAGGAGAUCCUCGCCAUGGACAAGUGCAAGCUGGAGCUGCCCGGGAGCAAAUUCAGCGCCCGGAAGGGGCGGCAGAAGACUAAGGCUAUUGACGCGCGUAAGCCCAUUCUCGGGUUGGAGGCGCUGCCGUGGGGGGCCGGUCCCCAGGCGCUGUGGGCUAAUUACGGCGGCCCCGAGCGGGGCCCUGGGGCGGUGACGCUUCGUUACGUCAGCCAGGCGGCGCAGACGGAGCCCGCUCUCACGCCAGCGGCGCUAGUGAAGCUUAUGGCUAAGGUCUCGAAGCGGCGCUUCGUCUCUCUGCACGUGCACCGGAGCGCCAUAGGACUGGCGGAGCCGUCGAAACCGCAGGUGGAUACCCGGUACUUGGCCUUCCUGUGCCGGGACGAGGCCCAUGCUGCAGCGUACCGCCAGUUUGAUGGAACGAGCAGGAUCGAGCAACCGAACUGGCCGGGUUACAAAAAGCAGUCCAAAAACGUGUACGAAGCGUCGACCUACGCACGAGAAAUGGCGCAGAACUCAAAGGGACAAAAGCUCGCUAGUGUAGGAACAUUCUGAGGUACUACGAUUGGCGUCAUUCGUGUUGCAAACAACUUCGUGUUGAGUACGUGCUGAAAGACGAGUUCAUACACGACGGGCGUACUAGCCGUGUAGCACCUGUUUGCACGGCUAGUGUUCAAUGAGUUCGGCUAUUCUGCGCGGGGUUGCAGAGCUUACGCACCUUGCUCGACCUGUGCCUUCCAUCUCACAAAACGUAUUUGGCUUUGUCUUGGCCGUUAGGUUGCAACACGUCGCAAGCUUUGCGAAAAAUGAAGAGCCAUUACUGCUUAUUCCAGACAUGCACUU